AUGUUCUCCAGAUUAUCCAGAUCUCACUCAAAAGCAUUACCGAUUGCUCUAGGUACAGCUGCUAUAGCAGCUGCUACUGCUUUCUAUUUUGCCAACCGUAACCAGCAUUCCUUUGUCUUUAAUGAAUCAAACAAAGUGUUUAAGGGUGAUGACAAAUGGAUCGACUUGCCAAUAUCUAAAAUAGAGGAAGAAUCCCACGAUACGAGAAGGUUUACUUUUAAGCUGCCUACUGAAGACUCGGAAAUGGGUUUGGUUCUAGCAUCUGCUCUGUUUGCCAAAUUUGUCACACCAAAGGGUUCAAAUGUGGUUAGACCAUACACUCCCGUGAGUGAACUUUCCCAAAAGGGUCAUUUCCAGUUGGUCGUCAAGCAUUAUGAAGGCGGUAAGAUGUCCUCGCACUUGUUCGGUCUAAAACCAAAUGACACCGUUUCCUUUAAGGGCCCUAUUAUGAAAUGGAAGUGGCAACCUAAUCAGUUCAAGUCAAUAACUUUGUUAGGUGCAGGUACAGGUAUCAAUCCUCUAUACCAAUUGGCUCACCAUAUAGUCGAAAACCCAAACGAUAAGACCAAAGUUAACUUGCUGUACGGGAAUAAGACACCUCAAGACAUUUUACUAAAGAAGGAGUUGGAUGAAUUGAAGGAGAAGCAUCCCGACAAGUUCGAUGUUACUUACUUUGUUGACGACAAGCAAGAUGUCCAAGAUUUUGAUGGCGAAACCGGUUUCAUUUCCAAAGAUUUCAUUCAAGAGCAUGUGCCAGGUCCAAAGGAAGACACACAUUUAUUUGUCUGCGGUCCCCCACCAUUCAUGAAUGCUUACUCAGGUGAGAAGAAAUCACCUAAGGACCAAGGCGAAUUGAUUGGUAUCUUAAACAAUUUGGGCUACUCUAAGGACCAAGUUUUCAAGUUUUAA